AUGAAUGACACUGCUUUAGCUUCUACAGAUAACAUGGGGGAAAAGGCAAGAUCACAAUUCACUACCCGGCAAGCAGUGGUGGAUACAGCUGUUGUUACGGAAACGGCAAGUCUUUCGGGUUCCCUUGGACAAACAGUAAUGAUGGAUAUACUCGCAUCGUCUCAAUCAUCAUCAUCGACUAUACCGAUGUAUCCUACAGACUAUUCAGACACAAUAAGUGAUAUGCACUGGGCAGCCGAGGAUUCUUCAUUUUCCGGCCUCAUACUUCCAGAUGGAACGGAUGAGACCUUUGAUUUAUCUGGUAACUCGAAUACAGGUAGCUCGACUAAGAGUUAUCCGUCAUAA